AUGUUGUUGCGAUCAUUGUUGGCGGUAGGAAAAAAUCCGGCGACGAGAGCGACUUGUGGAAGCAGAAACGGCUGGUUCUUUGCGGCGAUAAGAUGUUAUCAGAACGAUCGAUCAAGAGGCUAUAAUGGCGGCAGAUCUGGUCAGAAGAGCUUUGGACGCUACAACGAUCGAGUGAGGCGGGGGAGAUUCCAGGGAGACCGCGAGAGUGGUGAACCGGAGCUGAAUAGCGCACAUUUCUCGAAACUGAUUCACCAUCCCAAGGAGGAAAACGCGCCAGAGGUGACGCUGGACCAACUUCUGGAGCAGGGAGUGAUCGACAAGACACUGCAUAAAUCUGUCUCGAGGAUGAAGUUCGCGGGACUGACUUCUGUGCAGCAAAAAACGAUCAGACCGAUCGUCGAAAGUAAAGAGCAAGAUGUCAUAGCCAGAGCCAAGACCGGUACGGGUAAAACUUUUGCUUUCUUAAUACCAAUUUUCCAGCAUCUGAUCAACACUAGGAGGGAGUCUCAGUACAUGGUGAAAUGUGUCAUUGUGGCACCGACAAGAGAUUUGGCUCUGCAGAUAGAGAGCGAAGUGAAGAAGAUCCAUGAGCACAACUAUGGUCUGAAAAAGUUUGGCUGUGUCUCGCUUGUGGGAGGCACGAAUUUUGGCUCCGCUAUGAGGAGAAUGUCAUCCCUGAGGCCCAAUAUAGUCAUCGCUACGCCCGGUAGGCUGAUGGCGGUUCUGGAACAGUACGCUGACAAGUACUUUAGAUUUGUUGACUUCAAAGUUCUGGAUGAGGCCGACAGGUUGUUGGAGAUUGGAUUCAAGGAGGACUUGGAGCAGAUUUCGGAUUUGCUGAACGAGAAGAACGCGAUUUCUUCGGACCACAUCAGGACUCUGCUGUUCUCGGCUACUUUGGAUGAAAAAGUACAGCUCUUGGCUGGCAAGAUCAUGAACAAGGAUGAAUGCGUCUUUUUGGACACCGUUGACAAGAACGAGCCCGAGGCCCAUGAGAAGAUCGAGCAGUCCUUGGUCUUGUCUGAGAAGAUGGCCCAUAGCAUUUACGCUGCCAUCGAUCAUAUCAAGAAAAGGAUCGAAGCUGAUAAAAAUUACAAGGCGAUUCUCUUCACCCCGACGGUGAAGUUCACCAGAUUUCUAUCGUCAAUCUUAAGAAGCGAUCUACGCUCCAAGCUUCCUGUGCUGGAGUUCCAUGGUCAGAUUGACCAGAAAAAGAGGACACAUCUUGUGCAGCAAUUUAAGAGAGACCGCUCUGGAUUACUAGUUUGCACAGAUGUUGGCGCUCGUGGUAUGGACUUCCCCAAUGUUGAGGAGGUGCUGCAAAUAGGUGUUCCAUCGGAGUUAGCAAACUACAUCCACAGGAUUGGUAGGACUGCGCGCGGAGGAUCAGAGGGUUCUUCUGUCAUAUUUUUAUGCGAAGAAGAGCUUCCGUUUGUUGAUACCUUGCUACGCAGGAAGAAGGUCGAAAUUAAAAACCAGGAAGAGUACUCUCCAUCUGAGACCAGUGCCGCUGAGUUUGAACAAAAGGUCAAUGAUGAAGAACUACUGGCUGAUGCUAUUACCAGUUUGAUCUCUUUCUACAGGUCCUCAGCCAAAGAAUACGGAUUUUAUGAAAAAAGACUACUGCCGGAAAUCGCAUCUACUUAUGGUAUGUUACUGAACGAUGAGCAGCGCAGAGUACCCAUCCACAGUAGGGUGCAGCUAGACCGGCUUGGUUUCGCCCGCUCUCCUUUAGCCUCUGAAAUGUUUGAGCUACAUGGGGACGCAACGUCAGCUUCAAGAGGAGACACUCGACCACAGAGCCGCUCCAGGUUUAACAGGCGAGGCUCAAGCAAUAAUGGGAGAAAUAAGAAGUCGUUCUCAUCGAAUUUCAAUGAUGAAGGUGGACGUCGUAACAAUAGCUACGGCAGAAAGUUUUACGAAAGGAGACAGGGACAUAAUCCGGAUUUUGCAAGCAGAAUGGAGUGA